UUUUUCCUCAGUCUCAUACACAUAGUUUUCUUUAUCAUUUCGAAAACAGCAAGAACAAACAUUCUAGUAGAAUAGCAUGAAUUUAUUUUUAUUUCGUCUGAUUCUCAUCAACUGCCUACAACCUGUGAUUUUUAAAACCAUUAUUACAUAAUGGGUUUAAACUACUUACAUGAGAGGGUUUGGUUGGAAGUUCUGUUGAAGACACAUUUCUAUAGUAUAGCAAGGGUGUAAAUAAAUUUAUUAGACUGAAUAUUGUACCUUAUGUAAAAGAACAUUCUACAACAUUGAUUGUGACAACAGUUCAAACGGCUAGAAACAAGUGAUUACAUAAUGAAUAAAUAUUGAUAGGAAUCUAGUAAGUAGAGCUCAGUUGAUAAAAUAAGAUUAUUAAUUUGAAAGAUAGUUGAAAUAAAACUCAUGCUAUCCUACUAAAAUCUUUGUUCUUGCUCUUCUCAUCAAUCUGUCGUUUAUUUUUUUCUCUGUUUAGUAACUAAGUAGGUAUAUUUCUGUAGUCUGUUCUAUUAUCAUGAAUAUCAUUUUCAUUUGUUUUUCUUGUAUAGCUGGAAAGUCUAGUCUCUGAGAAAUAGUCUUGUACUUUCUAUUUAAUUUAUAAACAUAACACGAAACAACAUUUUAAUUUACUAUAUUAUUAUUAUUAUUCACGUAUUUCCAAUAUUUUUAUUAAUUACAGAUCAUUACAUAAUAUCAACGAAGAUUACUCAAUAUAAAUAACAUAGAACAAGUAUACAUAUUUAUAUCUUAUGUCAACAUCACAAGGAUUUAUAAAAACUGUUAUGGUAUUAUUAGAAAGUACUAGUGGUUCAGGACAUUGUAUAGUUGGUUUUCGACCACGUCUAGCUACUAAUCGUAAAGAGAAAAUAGCAUUUGAUCCACUUGUUCAACAAAAUGUUUUAUAUCGUGAAUUACGCAAAAUGCGUUCAUUGAAAAAAGCAGGAAGCUAAACUAUUAUAUAUAUAUCUAUUAGAUAAAUACAAUGUAUAGUAAUUCUUUAUUUUAUUAUAAAUAAAUAAAUUUUCACUUCAUUA